AUUUGAUGUGGCUGGACGUGUGACUGGGUUUGGGAAUCCUGAUUGGGCGAGGACUCACCCGGCUGCUGAGUCAACAGCUCCGGCUGUUUCAGCAAUAUUGAGUGGAGGUGCCACAAGUAUUGGUAUAACUGUCAUGGAUGAAAUGGCAUACUGUAUAAAUGGAGAGAACAAGCAUUAUGGCACACCCAGAAAUCCGUGCGCACCAGAUAGGGUGCCUGGAGGCUCUUCUAGCGGUUCUGCUGUUGCCGUAGCUGUAGGCCUCGCAGAUUUUUCCUUAGGAACCGACACUGGAGGAAGUAUAAGAGUUCCUGCUUCAUAUUGUGGAGUUUUUGGGUUUCGGCCAUCUCAUGGUGUCAUUUCUACCUCUGGAGUUACUCCCCUGGCACAAAGUUUCGAUACAGUGGGAUGGUUUGCAAGGGAUCCUGCGAUUUUGAAUAGAGUUGGACGAGUGUUACUCCAAUUGCCUGAUACAGGUCCUGUCGUACCCACUCAGUUAAUCAUCGCAGAAGACUGUUUCCAGCUUUCAAGUGUUCCAAGCAGUCGAGUGAAACAAGUACUUGUUGACUCAGUUGAGAAGUUAUUUGGGGGUCAUGUUAUAAAACAUGCUAACCUUGGGGACGUUGUCAAGGACAAAGUUCCAAGCUUGAACUCUUUUCUGGAUAAAGGAAAUCCAAGUGAAGAGUACAUUAUACCGUCAUUGGCAGCCCUAUCAACCGCCGAUCGUCUACUUGAAAGAAUAGGUAUGAAUUUCAAGAGCAACCAUGGUGAAUGGGUUAGUACAGUCAGACCUGACUUAGGUCCCGGGAUAGGAGAACGUAUAUGGGCAGCUGUUCGGUCAACAGAUGAAAAUGUCGAUGUUUGUCACUCCGUGAUGACUGAAUUGCGUGCUGCUCUUACUGACCUUCUCGGGGAUUUCGGUGUCCUCGCAAUGCCUACAGUUCCAGGGGAUCCACCAAAAGCUGCAAACAGAUCCUACAACACUGCACAAUUUUCGUGCCAGGGCUUUCAGCUUCCUAUCCAUUGCCGUAGUUUCCGGAUUCUGCCAGGUGACUAUAUACCACUAGGGAUGUACGAUAACCUACCCGUUUCAGUUUCCUUGCUGGCAAAGCAUGGCUCGGACGGGUUCCUGCUCAAUCUUGUCGAGACUCUUUACGACACUCUCAAAGAACACGUCGGGAAGUUGUGAAUGUUGACUACAAGAUUUUGAGUUGCAGACUCUGAUAAUCUUUUCCUGAUAUAUGUGUGCUUGUAAGUUUUGCU